AUCUCUACACUUGCCGUUCAUUCUCAUCUUCCCCUCACUAACCAAAACCCUAAAAAAAAAAAAAAAUGAAGUACAACCCGCGAGUAACAAGCUCCCGCCGCAAAUGCCGGAAAGCCCACUUCACGGCGCCAUCAAGCGUGCGGCGCGUGCUAAUGAGCGCGCCACUCUCAACCGAUCUCCGAACCAAAUACAACGUUCGGUCAAUCCCGGUUCGUAAAGACGACGAGGUGCAAGUGGUUCGUGGGACGUACAAAGGACGUGAAGGGAAAGUGGUUCAAGUUUACAGAAGGAAAUGGGUUAUUCAUAUUGAAAGGAUAACACGUGAGAAAGUCAACGGACAGACAGUCAACGUUGGUGUGAAUCCUUCGAAAGUUGUUGUGACGAAAUUGAAGCUUGAUAAAGAUAGGAAGGAUUUGCUUGAGAGGAAAGCUAAAGGAAAGGCUAAUGGUGAUAAGAGUAAGGGGAAGUUUACUACUGAUGAUGUUUCUGCUGCUGCUUCUCUUCAAGAAAUUGAUUAAAUUAAGUUGGUCUUGUUUUUUAUUUAAAAAAAUGUUUUAUGUUAUGUUUUUGGUAAUUUGGAAGAUGUUUUUUAUGUUGGAUUUGCUGUUUUAUGAAUCUUAUGAAUUUGGUUUUUUGUUUAGUUGUUACUUGUUAUGGAUUUGGGUAA